AUGGGCUUGCUACGUGACGCUAUUGGCUCGGCCCUUGGUGCCAACCAAGUGAACAAUGGCUUGUCCGGACCGAGACUGCCUUUCGGCAACAAGAACAGCAACCGCAACGCCGCUUGGGUCUCACCUUCAGCCUACCGUCAAUCACCGUCUCUUGACCAAGGAUAUGCUUCUUACACAGAAUAUGACGAUGAGCGGAACUCAUCACCAGAUGAGAAGCAGGGGCGAAUCAGAGGAUCUCUAGGACCAGCGAGGCCCAGAGAACUUAGUUGCCAGUCUUUUACACAAGACAAUUGCGCCGUUGGAUAUCAGACGUCAGUGGUCGGGCCGCCUCCUGACCAAAUGCAACAGUGGUAUAACGAUGAUCGAGCCCAGUAUUCAGAUCUGCCUCCUCGCUACGAAACUGCGGCAUAUGAUACCGGGAAUGAAUAUCAAGGGCAGUCCUACGAUAUGAGCCGAGCUGGAGACAUGGGACUUCGAAGAGAUGCCAAUUUCCGUCCACUAGCUCUGCCUCAGAUCGCCUACGGACAUGAACAACCCUUUCUUCGAGGAUACACUAUGGAACUCAGCCAAUACGGCAUUUCUGAACACGAGUUCAUAGGACUACUGGACGCCAUUAAUGUUGCCAUAAUCCCUAAUCCGGAGCAUCAAAUUUUCCAAAAGGGAGCGAAUAUGGCUGGAUUUUUCUUACCCGGCGCCGCUGGUAUUGGUCUCAUGGUCGGGCAGAUUGGCGUCGGACUUGGCUCAGCGGUCAGCCACGCAUCUGCUGUCAAUCAGAUUCUCUCAAGUGCAAAUCUACAGCUCUUCCUACCAAAAGGUCUCGAGAUAUGUAUUGGGAAAACGGAAGACGUCAACGCCGAGGUCGGCCUAGCCUCCCAAGGCUCUAGACGACCAAACUUCUACGGUAUAUCACCAGAAGAAAGACAAGCAUAUUUCGGCGACCUCAUUGCUCCUCUUUCCCGAGUACUGCCACCGUUUCAGCAGAACGGUCGCAAUGAUCCAAUCGCCCAGCUUGGUCGAGGUCUGGCCAGUCGAACCAAUCGACAAAAAAUAAAAAAGGCGAAUAAAGAUAUGGCGAAAGGCAAGACCACAAACAUUGACUCUCUAGAAGGAGGACUUAAAUGGCUUAUGGUUAGACGAGCCUCUGCAGAUGCGCUGGAAUACUGGAGGAAAUCUGCGGCCAACAACGCUGCUCAGGAACAGGCAUACGCUAGACCGGCCCCUCAAAAUAGAUACAGCAGAUAG